AUGAAGAAGGUGGUCUUCUACGAGGACAGGAACUUCGGAGGUCGCUUCCACGAGUGUGAGAACGACUCCAGCGAGCUGCACUCAUACAUCAGCCGCUGCAACUCCAUCCGAGUGGAGGGGGGGUUCUGGGUGGUGUACGAGAGACCAAACUACAGGGGGUUCCAGUACGUGCUGAGCCCUGGAGAGUAUCCGGACCACCAGUACUGGCUGGGCUUCAGCGAUGCCGUCCGGUCCUGCCGGGUGAUCAGGCAUGUGGGGGAGUCUUGGAGGAUGAAGGUUUGGGAGAAGCCAAACUUUGAGGGGGAGUCUCUGGAGUUGGCGGAGAACAUGCCUACCUUGCAGGAGCGCUGGCAGAACCGACCUGUCCACUCCUGCAAGAUUUUGGAAGGAGCCUGGGUUUUCUACGAGCAGCCCAACUACAGGGGGCGCCAGUACCUGCUGGAGAGGGGCGAAUACAGGCGCAACUCUGAGUGGGGGGGCAUGCAGCCCAGCGUUGGAUCAAUCCGCAGAGUCAAGAAUCCAUAAAAU